UUUCCAAACAUGUUACGUAUAUACAUAUCAUUAUUAAUAAAAUAUUACAAUAUUCCAACGUGUCAUAUUUGCUGUUUAUUAAGAUUGAGUUAGUUAAUUUCUAAUACCAUCGCCUUUUAUUGACAGUAAUGGGGCGGACAGCAUUGCUGCGGGCGGUGGGUGCGCUAACGGGCGUGCGAAGCGCGCUGGGCGCAGCACUGGGGGCGAGCGCGGGCGCGUAGCGCGGCGCGGUGGCGGGUGCGCGCGCGGCGGCGGCGGCGGCGGCGCAUGCACGCCACCGGCCACACGGACCGCUCGGGCGGCGGCGGCGGCGGUGGCUCCUGGCGCCUCCCGCCCGACGAGACACUUCAAGUCGCCGAUCCCAAAUCCACCAAAGAGGACGAUCUCUAUCCAGGGGAUGGUCACAACUGGAGAAGUAUCAUAUUCUCUUUGAUGGUGAUCAGUUUUGUGAUAGCUGGAAUCGUCACAGCCAUUUAUUUAUUAGGUUAUGUGGACGAACUUUUGUACUGGUCGGGGCGUCGUAUGCGACUGGACGAGUUCUUGCGCGGCGACCUGACGGGCGAGCGUUUACCGACCACGUGGGUCAGCUCACAUCAGCUCGUGUACCAAGCCGACGACGGCGGGCUGCUAGCGCUCGAUACCUUCAACAACUCUCUUACAGUACUCGUCACCAACCACACACUAAGGCAGCUCAAUGUGCGCGGAUACCAGUGCUCACCAAACUUGCGUUUUGUUCUCUUCCAACACAAUAUCAAGGAGGUUUAUCGGCGGACAUUUACAGCUCACUACACCGUUUAUGACGUCACUAAUGACCAUCAUAUUCCACUAUUCGGGGAGUCGAGUCAGACGUGGGAGUGGCAGUUCGCUUCUUGGCUGGGCCAGGACGGCGCGUUGCUCUUGGCGGCGAACAACGAGGUGCUGGCACGUCCUGGCCCUCCGGCACGCAGGAGUCCCCUACUGUACCUCACAAACGAUUCCAUCCCAGGCCGAGUCUACAAUGGCGUUUCCGAUUGGUUAUACCAAGAAGAGGUGACGAAAACGCCAUCUGCCACCUGGGGCUCGCCGAACGGAACUCUGGUGUUGUACGUCCAGUAUGACGACAGUUCAGUCUCAGAGCUUAAGUUUCCACGCAUCUCUGAGAGCAUCGGCGGCGCAGGCGCCGCGCGUACAGGCUUCCUCCUCCCUGCCUUCAACACCUCCAUGCACAGCGUAUACCCUGAACACGUCACCAUUAGAUAUCCUACGCCAGGCAGCUCGAUACCAAAAGUAACAUUAUGGAUAGUCGCAGUUCAAAACGUAUCGUCACCGCCAAGAUGGGAAGUCAAACCUCCGAGCACACUAGAUGGAAUGGAGUAUUACCUCAUAUCAGCCCAAUGGGUGGGCAAAGAGAACUCCCAUGUAGGAGUUGUAUGGAUGAACCGUGCUCAGAACCUCACCGUUUACAGCAGUUGUUACGCACCGAAUUGGACAUGCACAGAGACUCAUUCAGAAAAAGCAACAGAUGAGCCCUGGUUAGAAGUUCAUCAAAGGCCCGUGUACUCGGAAGAUGGUGGUGCGUUUCUUCUGCUAGCAGCCGUGCAAGAAGGUGGAGGUCAAUAUUAUACUCACAUUAAGCACGUGGAUGUAAUACGACAACGAAUUGCCGUAUUGUCACAUGGCAAAGUGGAGGUGGCCGAGAUACUAGCGUGGGACCAGGAAAAUCAUUUAGUUUAUUAUUUAGGUUUAGAUAAAGAAAAGUCGUACAUACUUAAGCUACAUCCUGAUAUGGUGAAAGAAGCAAACCAAAGUAGCGCAGAACGACCAGGUCAGAGGCAUGUUUACGUGGUCAGAGAUCCUGGUUACGGAGGAGGCAGCAAUUCUGUAAAAGCAAGAGCUGAGCGAGAAGAACCACGGUGCCUCACGUGCGAGCUUAAUGUUUGGCCUGCUCGGCUACAUUAUGCCAACUGUUCUUACUGGAAAGCAGUGUUUUCCCCACCAAAACCGAAGGUCGGCAUUACGUAUUACGUCCUUGAAUGCGGCGGCCCGGGCCCUCCUUUGGCAGGACUUCACGAUGCUAAGACGCAUAAAUUAGAGAGAAUACUUUAUGAUACGAGGCCUUAUAGAUCAGUUCGUUUACGAGAGCUAGCAUUGCCAACGCGGCGAUCAUUUGACGUGCAGUUGGGGAGUGGCUCCAAGGCCCGAGUACAGCUUCUGUUGCCACCCUCAUGGCGCGAGGAGCUUCGUGACGCUGCUUUCCCAGUGCUUGUACAUGUGGACGGCAGGCCCGGUAGUCAACAAGUGACGGAGGAAUUCCUUGUAGACUGGGGUUCGUACAUGUCGUCACGUAAUGAUGUUGUGUACGUCAAGUUGGAUGUCGCAGGCGCAAAAGGUCUGCCGCGAGCGCUGCUUCGAGGUCGUCUUGGAGGCGUAGAAGUUGCUGAUCAAUUGGCUGUUAUUAGGUACCUAUUAGACACGUUCAAGUUCUUAGAUGUAACUCGUGUAGCUGUAUGGGGCUGGGGUUAUGGUGGUUAUGUUACUGCGAUGCUGCUUGGUUCCCAACAGUCAACCUUAAAGUGUGGAAUAGCUGUAUCGCCAAUAACCGACUGGCUUUAUUACAAUGCUGCCUUCACGGAACGUAUUCUUGGAAUGCCUUCUGUGAAUUAUAAAGGCUAUGUGGAAGCUGAUGCAUCUCAACGAGCUCACCACGUGCCAGCGCACGCACUCUACCUGAUUCACGGAAUGGCAGAUAUGAGCGCACCUUAUCCACAUACCCUGCAGCUCGCCAGGUCACUCACCGAUGCAGGCGUUCUCUUUCGAUAUCAGGCAUAUGCAGACGAAGGUCACGACCUCAAAGGCGUGAUUGAACACGUUUAUCGUUCUAUGGAAGACUACCUCCGAGAGUGCCUCUCCCUCGACCCUGAGGAUACCAAGUUACCCCCUCCUGACAGAUAAGGGCAACAACAGACCUACGUGGUCAACACAAUUUUACUCCCGGUUACCUCAGGAAUAUAUCUAAUUGUUAUCAUAUUGCUCCAUGUAAAUAUGUACAUGAGAUAGUGCUUUAAUAAAAUGUGUUCCCUACACGUUUGGUUUAGUAACGCCUUUGUUGUACAUUAGCGAACGUCUUGUGCGAGAGAUGAUUUGAGUGUUAGGUGAGGACUGUGUGUGUUUAGAUUAAUCGUGCGUAACUUAUGAUAAUAACAAGUCCGUUUCAAGAUUUACGAAAUAAUGGAUCGGCAAUUAUUGUUUUAUAAUAGAAGUGAGAACGGACUAAAGCGAUUAGAAUUAUAUUCAAUUUGAACUAUUCCUCAUUCAGUCCAUAAAACUUCGCUUCAGCACCCUGCGGUUAAUACCCUACUAUCGUACUACUGUGACUUCUGCUAAAUUUAAGUAUAAGUGAAGCCUAGAUAGGAAAUAAAUUAUAUUGGAUAAAUAUUGAAUGAAACUAAAAUCUUUUAUAGGAGGCGAUUCCCAAGCACGUCUUAGAAUGAAUGAAUUAAAGCUGUUGAUAAAUUGUGAUCAUACUAUUAUUCAUAACCUUUCGAGCUUGUUCACAUUAGGCUUUUACUACUAUUUUCUACUGUCACCUUUACUACUAUACCAAGCUUUUCUAUCUUCUCUACCAAAGUUCUCUACGCAUAGAGAUAUGCAUUUAAAUCUUGUUAAAACAAAUUCAAAGUAAUUUAUCUUAAACUGUAUAGUAGUUGUUUCUGUAACAAAGUAUUUUAAAAAUUAACUUUAUGCAGAAUUAACACUGAAAUCAUUUAAAACUUAAAGUUUCUCGUUUAUUUUCUAUCUGACCCAUUGUUAUU